CCUUUUUAGCUGUCUCUUUCUCUUACCAUCCUUUAUUUUAUUUGUUAUGAGUACAGAGUACUUCCCUAGUAGCAUUAUAUACGAAAUACCGGUGCUCUCUUUCUCUUGUUCUGUAUUUUAUGUUCUUCAUCUAACCCGCUCCCUCUCUUUAACUCCAUGCAACUGUUCCUGCACUCGAUUCAGAACUUUCUUGCGCCAUUUCAGUUUCAACUUGUUGCACACAUGAAGGGGCUAGUGGCAGUGCUUUUACUUGUAGCAAUAAGCACUGCCGUGGAAAGCAAUGGGGAAGACAAUGGUGGACCAUGUAAACAGAAUGCAUUGAAGGCUAGACCUCACAGUGUGUCGAUCUUGGAGUUUGGGGCGGUUGGAGACGGAAUAACACUGAACACAGUUGCGUUCGAAAAUGCAAUAUUUUAUCUCAAGUCAUUUGCUGACAAAGGUGGUGCCCAACUAUAUGUUCCUUCUGGCACAUGGCUAACUGGGAGUUUUAAUCUCACCAAUCACCUCACUUUGUUCCUUGAGAGAGGAGCUACCAUCAUUGCAUCUCAGGAUUAUUCUCAUUGGGAUAUAGUGGAUUUCCUCCCUUCUUAUGGCAGAGGAAUUGGGAGAUAUCGCAGCUUGAUCUAUGGGCAGAAUUUAAGCGAUGUGGUAAUAACAGGUGAUAAUGGAACUAUAGAUGGGCAAGGCUCCAUCUGGUGGAAGCUGUUCAAUUCUAAUUCCUUAAAUUACACUCGACCAAAUCUUAUAGAAUUUGUUGAUUCUGUUGAUGUCAUAAUUUCCAAUUUGACAUUUCUAGACUCUCCUGCUUGGGGCAUCCAUCCAGUAUAUUGCAGCAACGUUCAAAUUCAAAACAUAACUUAUCGUGCACCAGCCGAAUUCCCUUACACAAGUGGUAUAGUUCCAGAUUCUUCUCAGAAUGUAUGCAUUGAGAACAGUAACAUUAGCACUGGUCAUGAUGCAAUUGUUCUGAAGAGUGGUUGGGAUCAGUAUGGCAUUGCCUAUGGAAAACCAACCUCAAAUGUUCACAUCAGUAAUGUUUACCUACAAUCAUCAUCAGGUGCUGGCUUGGCAUUUGGAAGUGAGAUGUCUGGGGGAAUAUCUGUUAUUAUUGCAGAAAAGCUUCAUAUUCUCAACUCUCCUAUUGGCAUUGAACUGAAGACAACUAGGGGUAGAGGUGGCUAUAUGAGAGGCAUCUUCAUUUCUGAUGCAGAAUUGGAAAAUAUUAGCUUGGGAAUAAGCAUGACAGGAUACUCCGGUUUCCAUCCAGAUGACAAGUAUGACACUAGUUCACUUCCAGUUGUUGGUGACAUUACUUUCAAGAAUGUGAUUGGGGCAAAUAUUAGUGUUGCUGGGAAUUUUUCAGGAAUAGUUGAAUCACCAUUCUCAACAAUCUGUCUUUCAAACGUGACUUUUUCUCUCAGCUCCGAGCCAUCUCCUUCAUGGUUCUGUUCUAAUGUAAUUGGUUUCUCUGAGCAUGUGAUUCCUGAGCCAUGUCCUGAUAUCCAGAGCUCGUAUUCCAAGUUUCCCUUUUCUUGCUUUUCUUCUCUAUAUCCACUCUUUAAUAAUGUCUCAGGCCAUUUGGAUCAUCAACCACAAGAAUUAUAGUCACCCAUUUAGUCCUUUUCAUUCAACCUAUACACGAGAUACAAAAUUCAUAAUCCAUCUAGAGCUUCUUCAACUCCCUCACAAUUUUCCAAUAAAAGAAAAUUCUUGAUGCAAAUGUUAUUUCUCUUCGACAUUUCAAUCGACCUUCCCUUGUUGGUGUCUAGUCCAAAAUAGUAGUAUAUAUGUGUACAGCCUCAAUUUCUUCAUUCAUGUAAGAAAUUUUUUUAUGGUUGUGUACAGCCCAAGACACUUUUUUGCUUUGGACGUAUCAUUUAAAAUAUAUAUGGAGUGCUACCUUGAUUCUGUCCAUCAUGAAUUGGCAUUGGGGUACACUGUAUUGGUUUUGAUAAAGCAAAGCUGACAGUAUUCUCUUUAAUUCUCAGUAUAUGAUUGCUUUUGUUGA